GUUUAUUAGUUUCGUAUCGAUUUCCUAUUGAAAUGGCUUUAUUUGCACGCAAUACACAUUUAGGAUUCAAGUUUUUAACCAAGUAAUGAGUGAUACAUAUACAGACAACGAUGCCUGUGCUACUUCAGAGAGCCGUGAAAAGGACGCUAAAGAAUCGCGUAUAAGAAAGAUAUUUGAUGACCCUAUUCAUGGCCAAAUGGGGUUUCAUCCGUUAUGUGUUAAAAUAAUAGAUACCCCACAGUUUCAGAGGUUGAGGUAUAUAAAACAGCUUGGAACAUGUUAUCUGGUUUUCCCAGGUGCAAGCCACAACAGGUUUGAACAUUCUUUAGGUGUGUGUCAUUUAGCGGGACGACUGUUAAGAACAAUUAAGGAACGCCAGCCGAACGAUAAAAAUGGCAGUGAAUUGAUUACAGACAAAGACAUUUUGUGUGUAGAAAUAGCUGGGCUUUGUCAUGAUCUUGGACAUGGACCAUUCUCACAUUUAUUCGACAAAAUGUUUAUACCUAAAGUAAAUUCAAAAAGUAAAUGGAAGCAUGAAACAGCCUCGGUUAUGAUGUUUGAAUACAUACUUGAAGAUAACAAUGGCCAACUUUUAAAGGAAUUUAAAAAUCACUUGCCAGAUUUCAAUGUAAAUGACAUCGAAUUCAUUAAAGAGUUAAUUUGUGGAUGUGACGUUUCAGGAGAAACGGAAUGGCCUUAUAAAGGAAGAACGAAGGAAAAAGCCUUUCUGUACGAGGUUGUAGCAAAUAAAUCAAAUGGCAUAGAUGUAGACAAGUGGGAUUAUCUUGCUCGUGACUGCUAUAUGCUAGGAAUUAGAAAUACUUUUGAUCACAACCGAUGUAUUUCAAAUGCAAUGGUACUUAAGACGACUGGGGGUCGUAACCAAAUUUGCUACAGAGACAAAGAAGCACCGAACUUGUAUGAUAUGUUUCACACAAGAGUGAAUUUGCACAGAAAGGCUUAUCAGCAUAAGACCCAUAAUAUAAUUGCAAGAAUGGUCAGUGAUGCUUUAAUUGCAGCAAAUGAUCACAUACAUUUUUGCGGAAAAAAUGGUGAAAAACGACGUAUGUCAGAAGCUAUAAAUGACAUGACAGCUUUCACUAAAUUGACGGACAGCGUUCUUCAAAUGAUACUACUGUCGACAUCACCUGACUUGAAAACGUCAAAAGACAUUCUCAACAAUAUCAUUAAUAGGAAAAUAUACAAGUUUGUUGCACACACACAGGUUCAGCCUGAAGUGGCAGAAGACGGAAUAGCUAAAUCAAUAUGGAGCGAAAUACCAGGUGAAUCAAGGAAUGGAACAGAUCUGGAAGACAUUGUUAUUGAUUUAGUGCGUCUUGACGGACAGGAUCCUAUCGGGAAUAUACAGCUUUACCGGAAGGACAAUCACAAGACUUUCGUAUUGAAAAAGGAAGAGGUUUCGUAUCUUCUGCCUCCUCUAGAGAUACAGUAUGUCCGUCUAUACUGCAAAAAACAUGAUCCGACGCUCGUGAAUAUCCUUAGGGAAGCAUUUUGUAAUUGGUGUGUCAGAAAAGGGCACUGUAUGGAAGAGAAGGGUGAACAAUAACGAUGACGAAGAUAAACGUUUACCUCACGACAACAGUAACGAUUUAUACAUCAGUGUAAAUAACUAUGCCAUUAAAGUGAUCAACUUUU